UGUCCGAAAAACCUCUGUGGCCGAGAAACAUUGAGAGAGACGCGCUGGACGAGGUGGUGGCGGUGUGCCUCGUGCGUCUCAUAAGUUUUGUUAAGUGACUCACACGGACGAAGAAUCAAAGGGAGGCAAGGGAAAGAAGAAAGAAGCAGUCAGAGAAGAGGAGAGGAUGCCGUCGGACCUGGAGGAGGCGGAGUACCCAGAAGAGGAGGAAGAGCAGGGAGAAGGAGAAGAGGGUGAAGAAGAACAAGGUGAUUCCAAUGAAGAAGAGCAGGAUGAGGAGUGGAGUGGAGGAAAACGGAAAAGAAAGAAGAGCAAGAAACGGAAGUCUUCACGGGGGGAUCGAGGGCGAAAGAAACGAAAGAAGAAGGAUGAAAGUGAAAGUGAGGGUGAGUAUGAGGAAGAAGGUCAGCGAGUGGAUUCAGACUACACUGAGGAUGCAUCUCGGGGCAGGGGGCGCGGCAAGGGCCGGGGCCGCCCUGCCGUUGCUCCAAUGGCACCAAUGCAGGAGAGCAAUGAGCAGAAUGGUGGAGGUGACCAGAUGCCAACAGUUGCAGAGGUGUGCGAGAGUUUUGGUUUGAAUGAUGUCCAGAUUGAGUAUUCUGAAAACGACUACCAGACUCUCACUACGUACAAGCUCUUCCAGCAGCAUGUACGGCCACUCUUGGCUAAAGAAAAUCCCAGGGUUCCUGUAUCCAAGCUGAUGAUGCUUGUGGCAGCCAAGUGGAGAGAGUUCACAGCCAGAGGACAAGAAGAUGAAGAGGAGGAAGAGGAAGAGGUUGCUGAGGAAGAAGAACCAGAACCAGAACCUGUCCAAAUUGUUCCUAAGGGUCGAGGACGUCCAAGGAAGUCGAAGGUCGACGAAGAGGUGGAGGAAGAGUUUGAAGAUGACAGUGAAGGGGUGGGCAAGAAGAAGCGUGGCCGGAAGCGCACCACGACAGCUGAAGCCAAGGCCAAGAAGGGAGGAAAGGUGCCUACACUCAAGAUCAAGUUAGGGAAAAGGAAGAAGGACACCUCGGAGGAUGAUUCCAGUCAGGAUAGUGAUGCCGAGUUUGAGCAGAUGUUGGCUGAGGCGGAAGACAUGAACAAGGCUGAAGAUGAAGCUGAACAGACUACAGGUCCUAAGAAAAGUAAGAAAACCAAAAUAGGAAACAAGAAUCGACGGAGAAAGCGCAUGAAGGCUAAGGACGAGGAUGGCUAUGAAACUGAUCAUCAGGACUACUGUGAAGUGUGCCAGCAAGGGGGUGAAAUCAUCCUUUGUGACACAUGUCCCAAGGCUUACCACUUGGUGUGCCUGGAACCAGAGUUGGAGGAAGCCCCUGAGGGCAAGUGGUCCUGCCCCACCUGUGAGGCUGAGGGUGUCAAAGAGGAGGAUGAACACUUGGAGUACUGCAAGGUUUGCAAGGAUGGCGGGGAACUGCUGUGCUGUGAUUCCUGUGUCAAUGCCUACCAUACAUACUGUCUGUCUCCACCACUUUUUGAGGUGCCUGAUGGAGAGUGGACCUGCCAGCGGUGUGCCUGUGAGCCCCUCCCUGGACGAGUACAGAAAAUUCUGUUUUGGAGGUUUGUGGAACCUCCUAAGCCUCCAGAAAAUUGGAAGGAAAUUGUUGGUGAAAGCAAAGCAGAGAAGUAUCAAUUCAAAUUAUUGCGAGAGUUUUUAGUGAAGUGGGUGGACAUGUCCUAUUGGCACUGCUCCUGGAUUUCUGAAUUGAUGCUGGAUGUCUACCAUCCUCAGAUGCUGAGGUCAUACUUUAAGAAGUUUGAUCCUGAUGAGCCCCCUGUCCCUGGUAUUGAUGAUGAUGAUGAGUUAGGUUCCCAGCGACGCCACAAGAAGGAGUAUGACCCCAAUUCUCUUGAGGAAAGGUAUUACAAGUAUGGUAUCAAAUCCACCUGGCUUAAGAUACAUCGUGUUCUAAAUCACCGUACCCUUCGUGAUGGCACAACACAGUACCUGGUUAAGUGGAGGGAUCUUCCCUAUGACCAGGCCACAUGGGAGGAUGAAGAUGAGGAGAUUGUUGGUCUCAAGCAAGCUAUUGAGUUCUACCAUGAUCUACGAGCUGCUUGUAAUGCCGAUGUUGGCAAGAACAAGAAGGGGAAAAAGAAAGGCAAGUCAAGGACCCGUGAGCUUGGUGAUGAAGACCGUGAGCCAGCAUCGCCUCGCCGAUUCACUCCUCCGCCAGAGAAACCUACCACCAAUCUCAGCAAGAAGUGGGAGAAGCAGCCAGAUUACAUUGAUAUUACUGGGCUUUCUCUCCAUGAGUAUCAGCUGGAAGGAGUUAAUUGGCUCCGGUACUCUUGGGGCCAAGGAACAGAUACCAUUCUGGCUGAUGAGAUGGGUUUGGGAAAAACUAUUCAAACAAUUGCCUUCCUCUACUCUCUGUAUAAGGAAGGCCAUUCUAAGGGGCCUUUCCUUGUGGCAGUUCCUUUGUCCACCAUUAUUAACUGGGAGCGAGAAUUUGAAAUGUGGGCACCUGAUUUCUAUGUUGUAACCUAUGUUGGUGACCGUGAAUCAAGAACAAUGAUUCGUGAGCAUGAGUUGUCCUUUGAAGAAGGAGCAGUACGCAGUGCUUCAAAGGCAACUCGCAUUCGCACAACUAAUGUCAAGUUUAAUGUGUUGCUUACAUCUUAUGAAAUGAUAUCUAUGGAUCAGGCAUGUCUUGGCUCCCUGGAGUGGGCAUGUUUAGUUGUAGAUGAAGCACACAGAUUAAAGAGUAACCAAUCAAAGUUUUUCCGUGUGUUGAACCAGUACAACAUAAUGUACCGGCUGCUGCUGACAGGAACCCCCCUUCAGAAUAACUUGGAAGAACUGUUCCAUCUCUUGAACUUCCUCUGUCCAGAAAAAUUUAAUGAUUUGUCAGCUUUCCAAAAUGAAUUUGAAGACAUAGCAAAGGAAGACCAAAUUAAGAAACUCCAUGACUUGCUUGGACCUCAUAUGCUCAGAAGACUGAAGACUGAUGUCUUGAAGAAUAUGCCCACAAAAUCUGAGUUCAUCAUCCGAGUGGAGCUAUCACCACUCCAGAAGAAGUAUUACAAGUACAUCUUGACCCGAAACUUUGAGGCCCUGAACUCCAGAGGUGGUGGGCAGCAGGUGUCUCUUUUGAACAUUGUGAUGGACUUAAAGAAGUGCUGCAAUCACCCCUACUUGUUCCCAGCUGCUUCUGAGGAGGCUCCAAAGCUCCCUAAUGGAAUGUAUGUCACAAGAGAUCUAGUGAAGGCCAGUGGAAAGUUUACCAUCUUGGAAAGCAUGUUGGAAAAGUUGAAGAGAGAUGGUCAUCGUGUGCUAGUUUUCUCCCAGAUGACCAAAAUGUUGGAUGUUUUGGAAGAUUUCUGUGAAGGGCUUGGCUACAAGUAUGAGAGAAUUGAUGGAGGCAUCACUGGCUUGGCUCGACAGGAGGCAAUUGACAGAUUUAAUGCACCUGGAGCCCAGCAGUUCAUAUUCUUGCUGUCAACUCGUGCUGGUGGUUUGGGGAUCAACUUGGCCACUGCAGACACUGUCAUUAUCUAUGACUCAGACUGGAAUCCUCAUAAUGACAUCCAGGCCUUCUCUCGAGCUCAUCGUAUCGGUCAGGCAAACAAGGUAAUGAUUUACCGAUUUGUGACACGCAACUCUGUGGAAGAGCGAGUAACCCAAGUAGCGAAACGGAAGAUGAUGUUGACUCACUUGGUGGUGCGGCCUGGCAUGGGCUCAAAAUCCACUAAUUUUUCUAAGCAAGAGUUGGAUGACAUUCUUAGGUUUGGUACUGAGGAGCUCUUCAAGGAUGAAUCUGGGAAGGAGGAUGAGGCUAUUCAUUAUGACAACCAGGCCAUUGAAGAGCUUUUGGACCGUAGUAAGGAGGGUAUUGAGCAGAAGGAGAACUGGGCCAAUGAGUACCUGAGCUCCUUUAAGGUGGCUUCUUAUGUCACUAAGGAGGGAGAGGAGGAGGAAAUGGAAGAUGUGGAAGUGCUGAAACAGGAAGCUGACAACACUGACUCACAGUAUUGGGAACGUCUCCUACGGCAUCACUUUGAACAGCAACAGGAAGAUCUUGCCCGUACCUUGGGCAAGGGCAAGCGUGUCAGAAAACAGGUGAACUACAAUGAUGCAGCAGAUGGUCGUGAAGACCUCACAUGGCAAGAACAAGGCUCUGAUUACAACUCUGAUUUCUCACUGCCAUCUGAUAAUGAUAAUGAUGAUGAAUUUGACGAGAAGAAUGAAAAUGAUGGCAACAGGCGGUCCAGACGUAGGGCAGAUCGCCAUGACAGGGACCGUCCCCUGCCACCCCUGCUGGCCAGAGUUGGUGGCAACAUUGAGGUUCUUGGUUUUAACGCUCGCCAACGGAAAUCAUUCCUUAAUGCAGUGAUGCGAUAUGGUAUGCCCCCCCAAGAAGCCUUCAAUUCACAAUGGUUAGUGCGUGAUUUGCGAGGGAAGAGUGAAAAGUGCUUCCGAGCAUAUACUUCAUUGUUCAUGCGACAUCUGUGUGAACCCGGUAACGACAAUGCUGAGACCUUUGCUGAUGGUGUUCCUCGUGAGGGGCUCAGCCGACAGCACGUGCUCACCAGGAUUGGAGUUAUGUCACUCAUCCGUAAAAAGGUAUCUGAAUUUGAGACUAUAAAUGGUCAUUACUCUAUGCCAGAAGCUAUCCACAAGCCUGUUGAUCCUGUACAGGGUGACAAAAGCAAUGGAACUUCUGCCUCUGGUACUCCAGCAACUAGUGUUACACCUUCUCCUGCUCCCUCUGUCAAAGGAGAAGUGGAAGAGAAGGAAGAAGACAAAAAGGAAGACAAGGAAAAGACUGAAGAAAAGGAAAAAACAACAGAAGAAAAAGAACCAGAGAAACCAGAGAAUAAAGAGACUGAAGAGAAGAAAGAAGAAGCAACAACAGAAGUGGAAAAGAAGGAGAAGGAAGAAGAGGUAGCAACCGUUGAAAAGAAAGAAGAAGAAACUGAAGAAAAGAAACCAACUGAAGAAACAGAGAAAAGUGAAAAAACUGAGGAAGUGAAGAAAGAGGAAAAUGAGGUGGAGGCUGAGGAGAAAGAGGAAGAGAAGAAGCCAGAGAAAAAAGAGGAGAAACCAGCAGAAAUAGAGGAAAUUAAGGAAAUCACUGAAACACAAGAAAAACCUGAAGGUGACAAGACUGAGGAAAAGAAGGAGAAGACAGAAAAGAAAGAAGAAGAGAAAGAGAAUGGUAAGCCAGAAGAGGAGAAGGAGAAAGAAGAAGACAAAGAGAAAGAUGGUGAGAAGGAUGGAGACAAGAAGGAAGUGACCAAGAAGAAGGAGAUUGAACCCAUUUCCAAGAGAAAGUUCAUGUUCAACAUUGCAGAUGGAGGAUUCACAGAGCUUCACACACUGUGGCAGAAUGAAGAGAAAGCAGCUGUGCCUGGCAGAGAAUGUGAAAUCUGGCAUCGCAGGCAUGAUUAUUGGUUGCUGGCGGGCAUUGUGACGCAUGGCUAUGGUCGUUGGCAAGACAUCCAAAAUGACAUGCGGUUUGCCAUCAUCAAUGAACCCUUCAAGAUGGAUGUGGGCAAGGGCAAUUUCUUGGAAAUCAAAAACAAAUUCCUGGCACGAAGAUUCAAAUUACUGGAGCAAGCAUUGGUAAUUGAGGAGCAGCUGAGGCGUGCAACAUUCCUCAACUUGCAGCAGGACCCACACCACCCUGCCUGUGCCCUUAAUGCUCGCUUUGCCGAAGUGGAGUGUUUGGCAGAAUCUCACCAACAUCUCAGCAAAGAGUCAUUGGCUGGAAAUAAACCAGCCAAUGCUGUGCUCAACAAGGUGCUCAACCAACUGGAGGAGCUUUUGUCAGACAUGAAGUCUGAUGUGACACGCCUACCAGCCUCCCUCGCUCGCAUCCCACCUGUGGCCCAGCGGCUGCAGAUGUCAGAGAGGUCCAUUCUGUCUCGCUUGGCCUCAGGAGCUGGUAAUUUGGACAAGAACAGUCAAGGGGCAGCAGGGCCUGAGACUACGCCAUUCCCUGUUGGUUACAGUCCUGCAGGCCAGCUGCCAAACCUGGGCAACACUGCCUUUGCCAACUUCAGACCUCAGUAUUCACUUCCCGGCGCUGCAACAACUCCAGGUGCUGUGCAGGCUGCCUUCCCAGGUAUCCCUCCCAUGGCUGCCAACCCUGCCUCCAAGUAGAACCAUGCUGAUGCUGCUGAUGCUACUCCUGCUGCUACUGCCGCUCUACGUGGCCCAGUGUGACACUAACCCGGCUCGGUGAGUGUGGCUGUUACGGUGGUCAGGAGUCCCCACUGUCUUCAUAUAAAUCCAAACCUUUGUAUGCUAAAACUAGAACCAUUGGCUAGUACUUGCUUUCUCCAGGAUGCAUUUUUAUAAUUAAACUAUAUAUAUAUACACAUGACAAUUGAAUCAGUUAGAAUUGGAGUAGCAAAUUGAAAAUUUUGAUGAAUUUGAUCACUAAGAUUUAUUUCAUAAGCUCCUGACUGCCAUUAAACUAAGCUGCCCAAUAACCUCUGAACAAGGAAUGUGGUAUUGUUAGUUGUGUUGCAUGACCAUUCCAGGGGUUGCUUGGUGACUGAAGCCCACCCAAUGAUUUUCAUUUUGAGAUGGCAUGGUUGUUCAACAUUUAUUCACACAUCUUCAUACUUCAAACAUCCUAUAAGAACAUCAUAAUGUUUUAUUAUCUGAUUGAUUAAUAUCAAAUUCAAAAUACAUGUAUUCAAAAUUUGUGGAUGUGCCAUGGAUAGCAGCUGAACUAACAGAACAUGUUCAUAUGUUCAUUGGAUAGUAUAUUUGUUUCAUAUGAAUUUGAAUUAAUUUAUUUAUUUUUUCUAUGAAAUGCACCAGUAUGUAUUUCUGCUAAACAAAUUCAUCAACAGUUUCCCAUCUUGGUUGUGAUUAACAUUGCUUUUGUGAAUAGUUGACUAAUAAAAACUUUUAGUAUUGAGAA